AUGGCCAUGUCGGCCUGUCAAAGACCAUUAAGGUCCCCGACGUCCUCCCCUGCAGGCGCAGGUUGGGCAACUUACAACUCCGAAACGUUUUUCGCAAAACUGGGGAAAUCCUGCGUCCGAGUUGAUGCCCGCUCGAAAGGCAUGCACACAGUAGUCACAUCCAGAUGGAACACUUUUGGUCGCUGUCAGAGCCUAUUGAGAUGGCUCGAUGAUAGUGAAGCAAGAAAAGCCUGCAAGGAUGGACUACAAACAGACCCCCUGGGACAGAAAUUGAGGACCACAAUCAUUGAACUUGAACGGGACAAGUCGAAGGCUAUUAUCAUCCUCAAGAUGGCGAAGCGAGUCAACCCCACUGCACAUGAGAGUAUAACACCUACGUAG